CAUAGUUACAGACUAUCGAUAAAACUUUUCCUUGGUAACCAUUGCCAUACAUGACAAUGCCAGUGUCAUAAAAUACCAACAGCGAUAUUUAAUUUCUAACAUACAAUAUUGCUUUAUAUAAGCGAUGGCCACUGAAAGAAUAAUUCCCUCACCAAAUACUUUGGUCAAAUAUGAUAACCCCGUGUUAGUGUCUAAACAUGAAGCUAAGCCAGGACCGUCUGGAGAAGAUGUAGGUAGAAGAGCGACUUUAACGGCAGAUGUAAAAAGAGAAACUGAAGAAAUUCUAAAUACAAUCCUGCCACCAAAAGAAUGGGAAGAAGAAGGUCAAAUGUGGAGACAAGCAGUCUCGACAACUCCAGCCACAAGAUUGGAUGUAGUGAAUUUACAAGAGCAACUAGAUAUGAGACUACAACAAAGACAGGCUAGAGAAACGGGUAUUUGUCCCGUGAGAAGGGAAUUAUAUACUCAAUGUUUUGACGAAAUUAUCAGACAAGUAACGAUCAAUUGCGCAGAACGAGGAUUAUUGUUAUUAAGAGUUAGAGAUGAAAUGCGCAUGACCAUAGAAGCUUAUCAAGCUUUAUAUUGUAGCAGUGUAGCAUUUGGUAUGAGAAAGGCACUACAAGCGGAGCAAGGCAAGUCAGAUCUAUUCGAAGAUGUCGAAACUUUAAAAAAGGAAAAACAAGAUUUAGAGAAUCAAAUUACAGAACUGAAACAACGUGCCGAACAGGCUGAUAGAAGAGCAGCUGAGACUAGGUUAGCUGAAGAAAGGAAACAUACGGAAGAAAUAGCCUUUUUAAAGAAGACUAAUCAACAACUUAAGACUCAACUAGAAGGUAUCUUGGCACCCAAGAAGUAGAAACGAAAUAAAAACUCCAGAGAAAAUAUAUAGUCAUUUAUUAAAAACG